ACCCCUCUAAUUUGGACUUUCAGGGUAUCCAACAACUGACAAAGAAAAAAAAGCCUAUAGGUCAAAAUUUGAGGUGAUUAUCUCAAAAUUUCCAGUUGGGUAUCUCAAGUUUUUUUUUUUUUAAUUACUCAGCAGUUUGAAUCAAUAAAUUUGAGAUAACUCAAGUUUUCACUUAACCAUGCCUGUCAUUUUAUCAGUGGCAGUCUCCUACUUUUCAGAGCCUCAGACACGCCCAUGUUUGGUAACCUAACAGUCUGUUUUGUUUUUAAACCUAUGUCAUUGGAGAUUUCAAGCAAUUUGAUCUAGAAACUAAAAAAAUUAUAUCUUGUUUUAUUUUAUCUCACUCAUAUUAACUGUCCAUUAAGUCACGACAGUAAAUAAGAUUACACAAAAAACAUGAACUCUCCUGAUGGAGUCAUAACAUAAUUAAAACACCUGCACUUUUUUUGCAGUGGUUAUCACAUUGUUUACUUUUUCUUCAAGGGUUUAUGUAGACAAAACAUUUUAAAAAAAACUGUCAGGAGACUGAAUUACACUGAACUUACUUUUGUUAUAAAUCGACAAAAGCAACCUUGAAAUGUGAGCUCUGUCUUUGGGGUUGGUUAAAUAGGCCUCUGGUAUAAGAGAAGAUAAAAAAAAGCCUCUGACUAAGGCAUCCUCUGGAUCCCUUUAGCUUAGCAUAGCUAAAGAAAAAAUCAGUGAUCUAUAUCAUAUAUAAUCUCCACAAAAUAUAGAACUAUUUUAGUGUCAGCUGUCUGUUUUACUACACUUGUAAUGUUGAACUUUAGCAAUGCCAGCAAAGAGAGAGAAGAAAGUGUUUUUAGUCAUAGACAGCAUGAAGGAGAUAGACUGUAGUAGCUACCGUCGUGUCAUCCACUGGUUUCUGACAUGUCUUUCUGAAGCCUCAACUUUGGCAUUUUUACCGUCACCAUCUUUAAAAGAAUGGAUGAUAUGAAGAGGGACGGGUUUGACUGUGAAACUACAUGCUAGUUGGCAAACUACUUACCAGUCAUACGUCAUUAGCUGGUGAACAGUGGUCAUGGUUAAGGCUCUAUUUUGAAAUAUACAAUGUUACAAAAACGAUAAAGCUUUAUAAAUCGACUUCAUUUUUGAUUCAGUAUGACCAGAAAUCAGUGACUGAGUCCACAAACUGUUUGCAGAAAGCAUGGCCUUCUAUCAGGCCCAAAGUUUUUGUUUAUUUUUUACAACCACAGCUAUCGCUCUCUGGUGGCCUUCAGGUAGAAUGCAGGUUUAAGACACUUCCACGUUGACUUAUUCUUUUUUAAAACCUGGAUAUUACAUCCAUGUUUUUAUAUGGUCUGUGUUUCUAAUCUUUGUGCUAAGCUAACAGUCUAAUAUUUUUUUGUGUUUUAAAUUUUGCCAAUUUGAAAAUCCUACAAUUAUUAACACAAAAAAUUUAAUCCUCAACAUGUAAGCGUUCUCAGAUUUUAGUGUUACUUCUGCCAAUUUCUUUGUCAAACUCCUGAAUUUGACCCUAGCUAAUGUGCUGUAUUCUCUGAAGACUUAAAGCUAUUCCUCCUGGAGCUUUGAGGGUCAUGGCCAGAGAAUAUUUGUAUCUAGGUUAAAAGGAGACUGAGGGAGCGGGGUAUAUUUUGGGUCUGAGUUGAGUGUGUGUUUGUGUGGGGGGCGGCUGUAAGGGGCAGCGGUUACAGCCUGUCUCAUAUGUCAGUGCACUGUGGAGUCUCCAGGCAGCUGCUCUCUGAUCUGCUUGUAGACGACAUCAUUAAGGUCAUGCCAUCUAAUCCUAGCGACCUCGAUAUCACAGCAGGUUUGAUGACCCAUUCAAAGGCUGGUUGCUUGCACUGAAAAUGACCCUGCCUCUCCGCCGUGCAGGAAUGGCCACUACUGGGAACCUUUCAGAAGAGCAGGUGCACUGCUCCAUCUGUCUGGACGUCUUCACCAACCCCGUGUCCAUCCCCUGCGGACACAACUUCUGCCAGAGUUGCAUCCUGGGAUACUGGAAAAGCAGUCCUUUGUAUCAGUGUCCUAUGUGCAAGAAGUCCUUCUACAAAAGGCCUGAUAUUAGUGUCAACACUGUCUUGAGGGAAAUCGCAGAGCAGUUCAAGGAGAUUAGGAUUAAAAGCAUGGAAGGGAAGGGAAGCAAGGAAGAGGGAGAAGGGAAAGAAAGGAAGUGGACAAUAGAAAGGAGGAAAAGGGAGGAUGAGGAGAGGCUUUUGGAGAAAGACCAGAAAGAGCAGCUUUUGGAGGAGCUGAAGCUGAAACAAGAGGAGAAGAGAAAGAAAGAGGGAGUGAAGGAGAAACAAGGAGAGAAGAGGCCACAGCAAGAAGACUUACCACCUUUAAUCCCUCCAAUUUCACCUCCAAAGACCUCUCCUCCACACCAAGCCACAGCACAAGAGCCACCGCCUCCACUUCCCCAAACAUCACCCCCACCCUCACCUCAAAUCUCUGCUUCUCAACUUCCUCAGACCUUACCAUCUCCUUCUUUCUCUUCGCUCCAAUCUCAAUCUUGGGAGGAAGUCUUGUGCGACGUUUGCCUUGGAGAAGGUAGGCCGAAGGCGGUCAAAUCCUGCCUGGUGUGUCUGACUUCAUACUGCGAGGAGCAUCUGAAAUGUCACUCAGCCCGCUUCACUAAGCACAAGCUGAUGGAGCCCGUUGCCAACAUGGAGGACAGGAUGUGUCCGAAGCACGAGAGGCUCCUGGAGCUGUUCUGUAAGAAGGAUCAGAUGUGCGUGUGCGUCCUCUGCACCGAGACGGACCACAGGGCUCACUACACAGUCCCUGUGGAGAGAGAAUGGACAGAGAAAAAGGCACAGCUUAAGAGGACAGGAAUAGACGUUCAGCAGAUGAUCCAGGACAGAGUGAAAAAGGUGGAGGAGAUCAAACACUCUGUGGAGCUCAAUAAAGCCAGUGCUCAAAGAGAGAUUGAGGAAAGCAUGCAGGUCUUCUCGGAGCUGGUGCGCUCCAUCCAGAAAACUCAGGCCGAGCUGGUUUUGGUCAUCGAGGAGAAGCAGAGGCAGACGGAGAGGUGGGCUCAAGGCCUCAUUACUGAACUGGAACAGGAAAUCACUGAGCUAAAGAGGAGGAACACAGAGUUGGAAACCGUUGCUCGGACUGACCACAUUCAUUUCUUAAAGAGCUUCCCGGCCCUCAGCACUCCACCAUCUGUUAAAGACUGGUCUGAGACCAGUGUUCCCACUGACACAUGUGUUGGCAUGAUCAGAAAAUUAGUGUCCAAACUAGAGGCGACGUUGACUGAAAUGAUUGACAAACUGUCUGACAGUGAGAUCAAAAAAGUUCUGAAAUAUACAGUGGAUGUCACUCUUGACCCUGACACAGCUAACCCGUGGUUGCAGCUCUCUCAGGAUAGACAUCAGGUGAGACACCUGGGUGCCUGGCAGGACCUCCCGGACCACCCCGAUCGCUUCGACACGGUGGUUAUAGUAUUGGCCCAUGAGGGCUUCACUUCUGGCAGACACUACUGGGAGGUCCAGGUGGGGGAAAAGGAUGACUGGUACCUUGGUGUGGCGAGGUCAUCUGUUAACAGAAAGGGCAGGAUCUCUGUAAGCACCACCCAAGGCUAUUGGGCUCUGGCCAUGAAGAAAGGCCAGGGAUACAGAGUGUCAACAUCCCCUCCAUCACUGCUCUCCCUCGACCCUAAGCCCAAGAGAGUGGGCGUGUAUGUGGACUACGAAGAAGGCCAAGUGUCGUUUUAUGAUGUGAGAGCACGGACCCAUAUUUACACCUUUGAGGAUACCUUCACUGAAAAAAUUCUUCCAUUUUUCUACCUGUACUGCUGUGACAAAGCCUCUGACACCAUCGUCAUCUGUCCUGUGAAUGAGAAACAUCUGAUCAAGCAAAGCUAAGGACAUAAAAACAAAAGUUGUUGUAGCUAUACCCGAUUUAAUUACAUGUGAACUGUAGCUAAAUAUGUUAAUUAUACAUCCUGUGAAUUUGUAGCCAACAUGCUUGUAAAACACAAACCUCAAAUGACGUUCUGGUAAAAAGAAACAGUGUUGACAAAUUUUGUAUUUCAAGAUUGUUUGUAUAUUAAAUACAUUGUGAUUUGAUUAGCAUUAAAAACUGGGUGUGCAGGAAGACAAAUCAUAACAAUAGAGUAAUUUUAUUUUGUGAGUAAGUGCAAUUAUUUUCUUGCUGAACAUUUAAUGGAAAACUAGUUACUACAUUAAUGUAAGCAUGGUAGAAACAGAUCUUGAUCUAAGUUCAGUUAGCUGUUUCUCUAAAGAUUGCAGCAAAAUGUUUAGAAGUCCCAAAAUCUACUGACGGGAGGUCUUUUGCUCAACAGUAUGUUACACCUCAGAAGUUUUAUGCAUGUUUCUGGGUUUACUUUAGCAGGACUGGAAGCAUUGGUAAAUGGCCUGUAUUUG